GCCCAAACCUCUCCUACUCCAAUUUUAUAUAACAAGGACUAUGAAAUGAACAAGCAAGUAGGCUUUCCCGUCCGUUAAAACACCACAAUAUCAAACAUACUAGUAACAUACAUACGAAGAAGCAUACACCAUGGCUAGUGAGGAAGGCACCAGCCCGAGCGAGCACUCCGUGAACAUCGAGCUUCAGGUGAUGCACCCAUACCAGCAGUCAAACAACGGCCCAGGACCAUCAUCGGCCCAAGAGCCUAUCAACCAGCAGCCCGAGCCUGCGAAACCCAUGGAACAACCCAAACCAGUGAAGCAUGUCGCCUGGGAAGACAAGCCUCGAGCCUCUCAAGAUUCCCAAUCGGCUGAACAUCAGUACUACUCCUUCCCGCCGUUCACCUACAACCCUAAACCAACCACGUAUCCAUUUUCCAACAUGUGGAAGAAGCCUGACAAUGGCAAGGGAAAGAAGAAGGAGUAGUCUUGGUCGACAUGAUCUCUGGAGGCAGCUGCCUCCAGCAACAUUGCCCGUCCCUCAAAAACAUUUUGGACCUUCCAUCACGGACACACAAGAAAGCACUCUGAAACAGAGAGGGAAAGCUGUAUCCUUGACCGACUCAUCAUCCACGUGGUCACAGUCUUGUGCCUAAGAGACUCGAGUCCACUGUCGUUGCCACACAAGGUACUUCAUUUAUAAUAACAUCUGCAGG